GCGCAUGCGUACUCGCCGCGCGACGCAACAGUCAUAAACAAGACUGCGUUCUGGUUGACGCUCCUCGCGUCUAAUUAUUGCGCCUACAGGGUUGACGGGGGUGUCUCGUGGGGGACGCAAUUUCGCGAUUUCGCCGCGUAUUUGUUUACACGAAGCAGGAUGCUUCUGACGCCGCGGCAUGGCAUGUCGUGAUACAUAAAUUCAGGACACGUACUGGCAUGCGGUGACGUCAUCCAGAUUGUUCUAGAAGAACUUCCGCGAAACAAAAAUGGCGGAUCUAUACGCUAAGUACAACUGCACCUAUUGCCAAGAGGACAUUGCGGGCCUACGUGUUAAGUGCAUCGAAUGUCCCGAAUUCGACCUUUGCUUGCAGUGUUUUUCUGCUGGUGCUGAAAUUGGUCAACACAAAAAUAAUCAUGCCUAUCAGUUUAUGGACUCUGGUACGAUUAGUAUAUUUAAUGGACGUGGUAAUUGGACAGCUAGAGAGGAACUUAGGCUUCUGGAUGCUAUUGAACAAUUUGGAUUUGGAAAUUGGGAAGAUAUCAGUACACAUAUCGAAACACGCACACCAGAAGAGGCAAAGGAAGAAUACAUUGCUAGAUAUCUCAAUGGUAACAUCGGAAAGCAUACAUGGCCACCUACAGAGAGCUAUGUACCAAAUCUUACGGAUCAAACUAAGUCUGAUCAUGGUCCACUGUCGCCCGAUCUUACAUCCAAAUUACCACCAUUGGAUAUCACUCCGGAAGAAGCCACGCAAUUGGGUUACAUGCCCCAACGAGAUGAUUUUGAGAGGGUAAUAAUCAAUCUUAAGGAUUAUAACCAUGAGGCCGAAUCUCUCGUUUCAUCGUUAUUCCUGAAUCCUGCCGAGGACGAUGAUCUUGACAUUGCACUUAAAUUAGCGCAAGUUGAUAUGUACACCAAUAAUUUGAGAGAGCGAGCAAGGCGAAAACGCGUCGUAAGAGAUUAUCAACUUGUGUCGGCUUUCUUUGCAUCAUCCAGAAAAGACAAAGGAAUAAAAAAGAAACAUACAAAAGAAGAAAAAGAAUUUAGGGACAGAAUGCGUGUAUUCGCACAGUUUUACACAGCACAAGAGCACGAACAGUUCCUAACAAAUCUCGAGAGGGAAAGAGAAUUGCGCUUACGGCUCUCGGAGCUUUAUCGAUAUCGCGAGAAUGGUAUCACGAGGCACGAGGAAUGUGCUCAUCUAGAACAGGUUCUCGCGCAAACUCAGAGGCAAAACGAUACAACGGAUUAUUGGACAGAAAAAAAAUCUGGCAGCAGUGGGCCGUUCACACCAAUACACCGCAGCACCUCAAAAAGAAGAGAAGAAGAAAAAAGUUGCCCUUUCAUCGACCGAAAAUACACUAUAAAGCAAGACUUGCCCAGCAACUCCACAAUCAAUCAAACCUAUCACAAUCGGACGACGAUUCCAGCCAAUCAGUGGGCGGAAUCGGAUAGCAAUCCUGCUUCCAGUCAAUCGAUUUGCAGCCCCAGUUCUACUCAAGAAAGAAAACAUUACAGUGCCGAUACUGCUUGCACCCAAGAACGAAACAUAGAAUUGGAGGCUGCAUCUCAUCUUUUAACACAGCAAGAAAAAUCCUUGUGUAUUCAACUUGAUCUAGAACCGACUGCAUAUUUGACGCAAAAAACGAUGGUAAUAGAUGCAUAUUUGGAAGGUAAUAGGAGAUUGAAUGUUUUAACUCAGUCAGAACGGCAGAGCAAAAUUCUCCAUUAUUUGGUAACUAACGGCUUGAUUGCAGCUAAUUGAUUAAACAAAUAAAGAUUUGCGACAUUAUAUUAUUCUAAGUCAUCUUUAAUCUUGCAAGCUAAGUCCUAGAUAUAACUAGAGUUCGAGUCUGAUAAAUAAUAUGUAGGGCAGAUAAGCAAAGAGAAAAAAAGAACAUAAAUGCUGUUGGUAUUUGUUUCACAAUGCUUUCACACAGCAAGAUAUUUCUAUGCAAUGUGCGGUUUAUUAGAUCGAAUAAAUAAUCAGAUGCGAUCUAUGAUGUAUUUAGCGUCUAUGAUAAAUUUUGGCAAUGCAUUCAGAGCUGAUUCUAUGGUGAUAAAUUCUCACCAAGUGCUUAAUUUCUCUGUUCUUUCUUCAGACCAUAUAAUACUGGUUAUAAUACAGAGAAUAAUAGACAAUUUAGUUAAUCGCAAGAAACAUUAACAGAAUGUUUUGAUCGAAUCAAUUCCUAGAAUAUAUUUUACUUAUCGUUUUCAGAAUUUUAUGAAUGCUGUUUGAGAGAAUCUCUUAACACUGCCUAUGUAGAGCCAUUGAACAUGUUGCUCAAUUAAUUCUUCCAUUAUAUUAUUUCCAUAUACAGAUAAUGCUCACGAGCACUCUCUUUUCUAUUUGUUUUAAAUGUCAAAUGACAACAAUUUUUUUUUAAUUGCAAAUAAAAAAAUUUUUUAAUCAUUGAAUAGAUUAUAUAUAAUUACAUACAAAUUAUAUAAUUAUGCCUUAAUUCUAUUUCAUUAUUAUUAUUAUUAUUAUUAUCAUUAUUUGGAUAAUAUAUAUCAUAUAUAUCACAUAUAUAUCACAGUAAAAAUAUUAGUAUACAUAUUGGAUUAAUCACAAUUAAUGAUGUGAUAUAUAAAAAGAACUUUUUUAUUUCACAAAAAGCUUAAAGUAAUAAAUUGAUUAAUUCGUAUAAUUCAUAUAAUUAAAAUAUUAUUAUAAUAUACAUUUUUUAUGUAUGGUUUGAAAAUUACAUGUAAAGCAUAGUUGUAUAAUUACCUGCAAUUAUAUAUGUAAUCUAUUCGGCGAUUGACGAUUGAAAAAUUCUUUUACUUGUUAAAAAAAAAUUUCUUAUUGAUGAAGAAUGGUACAAAUACUAUAACAUAUGGAACAUCGAUAAUAUAGAAUGCAUGAUAUUAAAUAAUUUAUCUGUCACUUUGUGUGGCAUUUGUAUAUAUGAUGAAAGAGUGAUACUUUCUUAGUGAUAAUAUAUUGUAAAGCACAAAGAAUUAUACAAUUCCAUGGUAUAUGAAAUGACAUCAUUAUCAUUAAAAUUUAAAACUAAAUUCGCAAUAUAUAGCAAAGAAAAAAAAAAACAUUUAAAAGAGAGAUUUGAGAGCAUAAUUAUUUUCCGCCACUUUUAGUAUAGAAACCAAAAUGUACGAAAAUGUUCCUUCAAGAAUGAUUAUCACUUAAUUACAUGUAGGCAUAUGCUAAAUUUUGCAAUAUACACCAAAAUUGUCUCCAUAAGAAGCCAUUCAUUGAAAUAUUUCUUCUAAGCGAUAUAUGCAAUGGAUAUCUUCACAUAAAUCACAUAUAAUCAAAAGUUAUUUUAACCUAACAGAUUUAAAAUAUUAUUAGGAAAAUUUUGAAAGAUGAAAAUCCUGAUAUGAAACCGUCGAAAUCGUGAUAGAUUUUGAAUAGAAAACGAUUAAAAUUUAAGAAUCAGAAAAUUGGCAUUUUGCAUACUCAAGCAAAAUAUAUGUUAAUGGCUUCCAUGAAUCAAAUUCUUUUUGAUGACAUUGAAAUGUAAAUAUCCAAUGAGAUUUCCAUCAUAUUUGUCCGCUUCGUAUAAUAAUAUCGAUUAAAUAUAGUUUUUUUAAAUAAAAUUCAUUAAUUAAAUGUUAAACCUUUAUAAAUAAUAUAUUUUUAUCGUAUUUUAUCAACAUAUACUUUGUUGCAGUUAUUAAUUAUCGAUAUAAUUUAAAUGUGUAAAAUGUAAAUAAUUUAUGUGUAUAUAUUUAGUAAUUCAUCGAUCGCGCGAUAUUAUGAUACGAAACAAAUAAACUUAGUUUGCAUAUUUAGAGAAAUUUCUCGUCGAAUAUGUAUAUACAAAGUGCCAAAAGUUCCUGACGCUAUUCAAAUCGUCUAUAGUUGCGUCUACUAUUAGAAAAGGUAAUAUAUAUCUAUGAUGUAUCAGUGUAUUGAUUGGCAAGAUAGGAACAUGCGUUUCUUUUUUACAUGCAUUUUUGUAAGUUCAUUUCACAUGUGUCGUUUGCAAUUUCGAAAUGACAAAUUUUCACGAGCAAAGAAUGUGCAUCAAGUUUUGCUUCAAAGAAGGAAAACUUGCCUCGGCAAGAAGGCUACAGAAACUCAUAAAAUGCUUAAACAAGCAUUGUGUAAAACUUGAUGAACGCUUUGUUCGUGAAAAUCUGCCAUUUCAAAAUGGCAAAUGAUAUGUGUGAUAUACUUAUGAAAAUGCACAUAACAAAGAAACGUAUUCACAUCACCUUGUUAGCCGGUACACUAAUGUCUGAUAGUCUGAUGACUGCAUUGAUGCAUUAUAGAUGAAUGAUGAAUGCUGUUUUUCCUAGCGGCAGAUGCCGAUACUACAAGCGGUUUGAGCUGUGGAACGUCGGGAACUUUUGGAACCUCUUUUCUCGGAUAUGUUUAUUAUUCCUCUUGAAGAUAUACAAAUUUUUCUAUUUUCUAUUAUUCUGUAUUACAUCAUAUUUGCAUCUUAUUUCUUCUUAUCCCAAAUCUUUACAACAUUCACCCAUCACUUCUACACAUACCCAUUUAGCACAGAACGUUGUAACAACAUUGCAGCAACAUUGUAACAACAUUGCGGCAAUGUUGCAAAUGUUGCUGCAAUGUUCUGUGCUGUAUGGGUAUAUUCGUACUUCCUUGUUUCAUUGAACAUGAUAAUAUGUAUAUAGAUUUAAAUACAUGAUAAAGUGUAUAAGUUUUAAUGCUGUAGAUAUAAAAAGAGCCUAUGUAUCUGUACAUAAUGACACGCAUAAAAAGACCUACUCAGGUUUAAGUAGAUAGACAAAGUCUAUUUCCAGAUCUUUCAUCGAGAGAAGCAUUCACACGUAUAAUUUGCGAUGCACGACGUUUAUAUUUUGUAUAGAUAAUAAACAAAUACCUCCUUUCGUUUACCCGAUUGUUUGGCGAUGCGUAUUUAAUUAUAUUAAUGACUGCUUCCUCUCACAAACAUACAUAUAAUCGAGAUCAAUGAUUAAAAAUCUCGUCCUUGCGAUAUGUGUAUAAAAACGUCGAUAUAUUUUAGUCUUACAUCAUGCGUCAAUACAUCGAAAUUCCAAAAUAAUUCUCACAUAAAUAAUUGUAGUCGGAUAAAUAAUGACACAUGGAUAUAAAGUACAGCUCCAGUCACAAUAAUUUAUCUAUAUAACAUUUGACACGAGUGUUAUUAUUAUAUGCAUUAUUUUCUCAAUAUAAAGCAACAAAACAAUUAUACAACAUUACAGAUUAUAAUGUACUCCGACAUGGAUAUUCAUCGAAUGUGCAAAAUAAAUUGUGCGAUAUUUUCGUUUAAAAAA